UGAAACUCUGGCUAUCAGGCUAUAUAUCAGGGUACAUAUGUAUAAUUCCAUGACAACAAAAGAUGGUGUACCGAAUAAAAAAAUCAUGGGAUAAAGAUUUUCCAUAUUUUGAAAGGCCAAAAGCAAUCGGCUACUACAGUAUUGAUAGCUCAAGAUCAAUAUGUUUUGAUUCAUCUCAAUUGACGUAUUAUAACCUUCCAAAAAAUUAUGAAGUAAAUUUUAAUUUGAAUCAAGGAAUCGAAUCUGUACGUCGUAAAAUUAAACCAACAAAGCAUGAAAAAAUCGACACAUUUUUGCAAUGGAUAGUUAACAAUACCGACAAAAUUCGUGCUAAUCCUGAAAGUGGACGAAGUUUACAACCAAACAUUGUUUGUUUUCGUGGUUUGUUAUCGCGGCUGAUGAAAACAGCAUACGAUGAAAGAGAAGGCUGGAUUAUAUGUGCGGCUAAAUGGAAAGGAACUAUUUAUUUAAUGGCUUUUGACACUGAAGCUGAAAAAUUUGAAAUACUCAACCAAACAGAAAAGGAUUUGCAGUUUUCAUCUUGGGGAUUUAAAUUUGAACAAUAUAUUCUAUCAGAUGAACCAAAUAAAUUGCCAGAUACUUCCAAGCCAGUGGAUGAACGAGAAGAAUUUUGUUGUGUAUUCCAGAGCCAUUUAAAUAACAAUAAACUACUUUAUGCUGCUGAAAUGGAUGGAGUGUAUUCGGACAAAUUGCUGUCAGAUCCAUUGCCGAUCGAAAACUUGAGAUUUAUUGAAUUAAAGACCAGUAGGUUGGUAGACAAUGAACGUCAAUUUUCAAAUUUGAAAAAAUUUAAAUUUAUCCGAUGGUGGAGUCAAAGUUUUUUAGUCGGGAUUGACACUAUUUUAUGUGGAUUUCGAGAUGAUAAAGGAGUCGUGCGGCGUUUGGAAAACUAUCGAGUUGCGGAUUUACCAAAAAUUUCGGAAAGGUUUUGGAGUGCAUCAGUCGCAAUGAACUUUUGUGAUGAGUUUCUGAAUUACGUGAAGAAAACGGUUAUAAAAAAUUAUGAUAAUACGAUCUACAAAUUUGAAAGAAUUCCGCACAGUCAUAUUGUCAUGACGGAAGUUCCACCAACUUCGGAAUAUGCAUUUUUACCUAAGUGGUUUCUAGAUUCUAUUGAUAAAUAAUUUUUGUAAGCAUUGAUUUUUGAUAUCAAUAAUAGAUUAAGGGGGAUAGGCACUGUGAGGAUCGAAAAAAUAGGUGAUUUUCGAGAAUUUUUUUGACUGGGAUAAUAAAGGAGUUUGGGGAUCGGGUUUUUUUGUUUUAUAAAGUAUAAAUUAAAGAAUAUUCUUCUAAAUUUUUAUUAAAAAAUAUCAUGUUGUUACAAAGUUAUUAGCA